GAUAUGCUAAAUACAAAAACAGACGCACGUGAGGAGCGCUCGGUUUGUCUGAUCUUCAAAAGCCAUGACUCCGCUCCACUUUCAAGGCUGUUUGUUUGGAGGGAGCAGACGCACCUUUAGUAGCUGAAACCAGGGAGUACAUUGGGCCUAUAUUUAAAAUCAGGCAAUUAAGACUUUCACCUAAAGGUUUUGGUCAACUUUGAAGUGGAAGACGGAGGGAGUGUGUGUGUGUGUGUGUGUUUAUUGUUUGAGUUAGGAGCAACUAUACUGUCCCAUCAUGCCUCGAUCUUUCUUGGUGAAGAAAGUGAAACUGGACGAUUUUUCGGCUGCAGAGCUGGAGAGCUCAUAUGGUCACAGCAGAAGAGAAGAACUCAGUCUGCGAUUCCAUCAUCAUGACAAAGGCUACGUCAGCGACUAUCUGAGUCCAUCUCCGUAUGAUGACGUGGUGGGAAGUGACUCCUCUGUCAUCUCUAAAGUACCGUCCCCAAGUCAUCCGUCAAUCAUCUAUGGCCGCAUCAACGACACCUAUGCUGGUAUCCACGGUGAUAUCCAUGGCGACUCAGACCAGCCGGACAGCCCUCGGUCUGAGGUGUCCUCAUCAGCCGGUGGAUACAUCAACGGGGACACGGCCGUGAGCGAGGGAUACACGGUGGAUGCAUUUUUCAUCAUGGAUGGACGUUCACGGAGGAGAGCCACUCCAACCCCCAGAGGAACCACCCAGAGGCACACCUGCAGCGAGUGCGGCAAAACCUACGCCACGUCCUCCAACCUGAGUCGGCACAAGCAGACGCACAGGAGCAUAGACAGCAAGAUGGCCAAGAAGUGCCCCACGUGUGGGAAAGUCUACGUUUCCAUGCCCGCCAUGGCCAUGCACCUGCUGACCCACGACCUCAAGCACAAGUGCGACGUGUGCGGCAAAGCGUUCAGCAGGCCGUGGCUGCUGCAGGGCCACAUGCGCUCGCACACGGGCGAGAAGCCCUUUGGGUGCGCGCACUGUGGCAAAGCGUUUGCCGACCGGUCAAACCUGCGCGCUCACAUGCAGACGCACUCAGCCUUCAAGCACUACAAGUGCAAACGGUGCGACAAGACGUUUGCGCUCAAGAGUUACCUGAACAAGCACUACGAGUCUGCGUGCUUCAAGGGGGCCUUCUCCCCCAUGAGCUCUCUGGGGGAGUGAUGCAUUCAGAAAGGCUGCCUGGGGUUUUGUUUUGUUUCUUUAAAUCAGACUUUACUGGCCUCACUCCCUACAUUUGCCCAAUGAGAAACCCAGUAUGCCUGAGCACUGCAAGGGAGGAGUGUUUACUCUGCAAGGAUCAUGAGGCAAAAAUAAACUGAGGACAUG